UGAGUGAAUGGAGGAGCAGAGGAACUAUACCGGACUGAGAGCACCAAGAACUUCACCUUUCUCCACUUAACCAGGCUUUUACUCCAUCUCUUUCCUCAUUCACUCCAAACUCAAACAAGCUUCAUGUGAGCAAGGCGGGGGCAAACCAACAACAAAUCACUUCUUUUCCCUUCUUUCACCUUCACAGUGCACUUCUCCACUACAUCACCUUUAGUUUUUUUGUUGCUUUUUUAAUUUACUGGUACCAUCUUGGAUACUUUGGCUUAAAGCACCGCUUCACAAGGGCACGUCUUUUCCUGAAGUCUCACCAACCGGCACCAAGAUUUUCUUCUGCCAACUUUACCGCACGUCAGGGAACCAAUCCACCGACAGGGAGAAUUAUUUAAAAAAAAAAAAAAGAUAGAUUUUUUUCCUUUGCAAAAAGAAGCAUUAAAGUAACGCAAUGAGUCUCAAAUCAGAUUCUGAGCAGAACAACAAUGUAUCAUUAGAGGAGGAGGUACGAACACUCUUUGUCAGUGGCUUGCCAGUAGACAUUAAGCCCCGGGAGCUGUACCUGCUGUUCAGGCCAUUUAAGGGAUAUGAAGGCUCACUUAUAAAAUUAACCUCAAAGCAGCCUGUUGGCUUCGUUACCUUUGAUAACAGGUCCGGGGCUGAAGCAGCAAAGAGUGCAUUAAAUGGCAUUCGCUUCGACCCUGAGAACCCCCAGACGCUGCGUCUUGAGUUUGCUAAGGCGAACACUAAGAUGGCAAAGAGUAAGCUGAUGGCCACGCCAAACCCCUCGAGCCUGCACCCAGCUCUCGGGGCUCACUUUAUUGCACGCGAUCCAUAUGACUUGACUGGCGCCGCGCUGAUUCCAGCAUCUCCAGAGGCGUGGACACCAUACCCACUGUACACCACUGAGCUGACCCCUGGCCUCCCCCAUACAGCCUUCACUUACCCUGCAGCCGCCGCUGCUGCCGCUGCCCUGCACGCCCAGGUGAGGGACCCUCUGAUGCGCUGGUACCCCACACCCUCUGACACUUCACAGCCUGGAUGGAAAUCCCGCCAGUUCUGUUAAAUAUUUAAUGCCUAGCCGUACCUGAGAGUUCCAAGUCCCCUCCUUUUCCACAUGGAACAAGAUGUACUUGUCUCGACAUUUCAUUCAGUCUGCUUUAUUUAAAAUAUAAAUGAUGUAUGAAGGACUUUACUGUUAUGGAGAAGUAGUUUCUCUAAAGGAUUCAAGCACAGGACAAAACAAGAUGUUGAUUACAGCUAAGGCGGCGUGGGCUAAUGGUACAGUAUUUACAUUUUCAUCGUGUGCAAGUUGAAAUAUUCUAGCUGCUCUCUGUUUGUGGUGUGUGUUUCAGGGGAGUGGAUAAGCAUUAUGCAUGAUAAAAUGUAGUUAAUGGCAUGACUUUAGAAUGAAAAGUUGUGUGUCUGUUUCAUUUUCUCUUUUUCCCUUGUGAUGGCAUUGUGAGAAGAGUUUGUCAGCUCUUUCUCUUGCUUCAGUGAAGUGUUUGACUUGCUUUUUACCUGUGUGAUGAUAGUAUCAACAUGUAGGCCUCUACAAGUAUAAUUUGUUUCUGUGUGUUUUGGAUAAAUUCCACAUGCACUGGGUUUUUUUCUUUCAUAUUUUGUUAUACCUUGACUGUAAAAUUGUCUAGAGUGAGCAAAUCGUUCCGAGAUGCUUCUCUUUUCAAUCUGUUAUAUAUACAAUGACCCUGGUCUGCCUAAAUACUGGUAUCUGUGUUUGUUUAAAGUAUAUUUGAACAAAAAAAGUACAAGUAUUUUUGUACAUUUGUGUCAUAAUGGAUAUUUAUGCAGUUUGUGAAAUUAAAUAAUUAUAUCUGUAUAAGAUGUUAAGUCUACCCUUGUGGUGUUUUGGUGUUGUUUUGUCUCUGUCCUGUUUGAAGUAGAAAAGUGCAAUUGUUUUGUGUUGCUUGGUGUUGAUUAAUGAUCUACCCAAACUGUGGAUAUAUUAAGUUUAUUAAGUGAACUGCUAAGAUGAGAUUGCUGUUUGAAAAAAAUAAAGGAAAACAUGAUUUUUUUUUUUUCUUUGAGAAUGUUAACUGGAUAAUAAAUAGAUUGAUCUGA